UUUAUAAAUCAAUAGAAGCAUUAAAACUAGAAAGUGCUCUUCCUUAAUAAGUGCUAACCUAGCUCUUGAUAUAGAAAGGCAUAAAUUCGUUAAAAAAUUGUGUCAGUCGACAAAUCGAAUCCUCAUGAAAGUUUUACUCAAAAAGAAGUCUUACAGCAAAAACAAGUCUUACAGCAAAAACAGUCAAAAAUUAAAAUAAAAUAUUUGAUUAAAUGAGUUUUAUAGUAAAGAACGAGGAUGAUAAGUUCCUUAUAUCAUUUUCUAAGGUCAAGGACGAUGAGUUCAUUAUACUGGCAACCAAUUUGAAGCAAUUCUUUGUCCAGAAACGCAUAAAUUCAGAAUAUAUUCAAGAAAAAUUUAAUGAAUCUCACAAGACCAUAAAGUUUGAAUUAUCAAAAAUCUUGAAAAUCAUUCAAGAAGAAGAACCGGCAAAUGACAGCGAAUUAAAAGUCACUGGAAGUGAUUUAAACUUAGUGCUUAAAUAUCAAACAGUCCUUAGGAAUAUGACUGGCUCUUUUAAAAUCAGUUUCAAGCUAGAAGAGUGUACAUCAAUUCCUGAAAUUGGUGAACUAUUCUUUACUGGAUUAUUAAAAACAAUAAUUCAUGAAAAGUUGAAAACUGUUGGAAGUGACAAGUUUAAUGUGAAUUUACCGGAAACGUCAUUUGAAGCUACUUUUAAAGUCAAUGAUAGCAAUAUUUCCGAUUUAUGUCAAUUCAUUGGUUGCGACAUUAUGUCUAAAAGUGAUAAUACAGAACAAAAACCUGUUGAGCAAGUAAAGGUUUUAAAGCAGUCUACCAAAUCUACAUCAAGGGCUGUAAAGAGACCAAUUGUAAUGCAUAAUGAGAUGAAAUUUGUGCAACUAAAUGACAGUCAAGAAAUAGAUAUAACGGAAGGAGAAAAGCCUAAAGAAGUCACAACAAAAAUUUGUAGAAUGGAUAGUAAAGAGAAAGUUCCUCGUGGUUGGAUCAAGGUACAGUCAAAAACUAGAGCUGAUAAGUUCUAUUAUUAUAAUAAAGAGAAAAAAAUAUCAGUUUGGAAGUUAAGUGAUUGUAACGAUGAAUCAAAGAUCCAGUUACCAAAAAGUUCAUCACAAUCCAAAACGCCCAAAAAGUCACCAAAAAAGGAAUCAAAGUUAUCAAAUCAUUCAAUAGUCAUUGGAAAGCGUAAUUUAGCAGAAGAACGACUAAAAAAGCUUCAAACAACAUUAAAAGAAGAAGCAAAACGUGGCAAGGUCGAUAAGAAUAAGAGUAAGCCUAAUAAGCGGCAAGGACCUGUAGAAAAUAAUACAAUAAUAUCAAGGCCAUCAAAAAGUUUAAUUUCGUCAGAAGAAGUUGAUGCAAUAAUCUCAGGAAUAGCAGUUAAGCCAAAAGUCAAAGAUCCAGUAAAGAACGAUUCAAAAUCUCAGGAAAUAACACUAAAGGCUCGAGAAAAUGACAUUAAUAAUAGCAAUACAACUGUUAUUGAUGACGACGAAAGCUUUAAAAUGGAAGUUGAUGAGCAGCUUGAUAAAUCUACAGAAUCAUUGACUGAUUAUGAGGAACCGAUGGAAUGGGAGGAUAUUGAUGAGAAGCUUGUAGUCAAGGAAGUUCAAAAUAUUCGUACGAAAAUUAAUGCUACGUCUAAUUCCUCAAUUGGAACUAGUCAAGUGUCUAAUAAGUUGUCUAAGACUGAUUUCUACAUUAUUGUGGACACAAAUGUUCUACUCUCGAAUCUUACUUUCGUAAAAGAAAUCAAGAGCAAGCUAUUUAAAGAUAUCGGUCGUGCAUACAUUUAUCUUCCAUAUAUAGUCUUGUGUGAAUUAGAUCGACUUAAAUUACGAGAAGAAAGCAUUGCCCGAUUAGCAAGAACUGCCAUAUCCUUCAUCGAUGAUUGUUUCAAGGCAAAAGAUGAAUUUAUUUUAGGACAAAAUGCUAUUGAGAGUUCUCGUGAGCUCAUUGAGAUUGAUUCUGGUGACGAUUAUAUAAUUAAUUGUGCUCUACAAAUGAAGGAAUUAACAUCAAAAAUAAUACUGCUGAGCAAUGACAAAAACCUGCGAAACAAAGGCUUUGUGAACGGUUUUGAUGCAUUUUCCUCAGAUACGCUUAAUUAUGCUGAUUACAAUGUUAAUAACACGAUAAAAUUUGAAUGACUAUUAUGUUAUUAUCGAGUUUAGCACUUACUCUGCUAUAUAUGCAUAUUAUUAUUAUUAAGUAAACAAUCGAUGAAGGCUCGUGAAUGCUCUAACAAUAUUUAUCGUGGUGCAAAUUAAUUAAACACUAUUUUUUACAUCAUACAAACUUU